AUGGCUUCCCCUCCAAAGCCCUGGGAACGGGCCGGUGCUACAACAACAGCUGCCUCAACAACGGCCCCGACCGCCGCCUCUUUCGCGACCCCGACACCGGCCACCUCCCUUUCCUCCUCCGGUAGUACCCCGCCCGCCGUCCCCGAACGACCGGCCUCCCUCAACGCUGCCGUUAAUCAGAACGCCGCUGCUUACAGCAGAGGUGUCGGCGCGACGAACAGCCCUUACGGAACCUACGGCGGCGCCUACUCUUCGCCCUACAGCAGCCCGUAUUCCAGGAUGGGCUCCUACGGCGGCUAUGGUGGAGGCAUGUAUGGUGGCUACGGCGGCAUGGGCGGCGGCAUGUACGGUGGAGGCAUGUACGGCGGCAUGGGCAUGGGAGGCAUGGGAAUGGGUGGAAUGCCUGGAAACCCCAAUGACCCGAACAGUCUGACGAACCGAUUCAACAACAGCACCCAAGCGACGUUCCAGAUGCUCGAGGGCAUCGUCGGCGCCUUUGGAGGGUUUGCCCAGAUGUUGGAGAGCACAUACAUGGCCACACACUCAAGCUUUUUCGCAAUGGUCUCGGUAGCAGAGCAGUUCAGUAACCUUAGGGAUACACUGGGCUCUAUCCUCGGCAUCUUUACGUUGAUGCGUUGGAUCCGUACGCUCAUCGCCAAGAUCACCGGCCGCCCACCUCCGGCCGACGCGACAGCACUCACGCCGGCAGCCUUUGCCAAGUUCGAGGGCCGGCAGCCCAUCGGCCCUGACGGCGCCCCUCUGGGACCUCCCAAGGCUUCCCGCAAGCCGCUCUUCUUCUUCCUCCUUGCCGCGUUCGGCCUCCCGUAUCUCAUGCGCAAGAUGAUCAACACCAUGGCUGCGUCCGCAGAGGAGGAGGAACGGCGCCGUAUGGCACUGGCCGGCGAGCAACAGGCCUUGGACCCUUCUAAGCUCGACUACUGCCGCCUGCUUUACGAUUACACCCCUCAGCCCGGCAAUGCCGUAAAGGAUGUUGACAUGGAGGUGCGCAAAGGCGAUCUUGUCGCCGUCCUCUCCAAGAGCGACCCUAUGGGCAACCCUAGCGAGUGGUGGAGAUGCCGCGCCCGCGACGGCCGCCAGGGCUACCUCCCGGCGACUUACCUCGAGGUUAUCAAGCGACCUGGCCAGCCUCUGGCCGCCAUUAAGGCCGCCCCUAGUGACAGCAGCCGGACCAACUCGCUGACUGGCGCCGCUCCUGAGAAGGCACCCGAAAUCAAGUCAAAGAUUGGCGAUGUGUCUCCCGAGAGCUUCCAGAAGAGCGUUUUCUAUAACUAA